AAACUCGCUCAACCUUGGCAACACGAGGGCCAAAAACGGAAUUCACUCUAUGGGAUGAUUCCUUUGACUCGGUAUUUCACCCACAAAACGACCCUACUCAUGCGCUAGGGCUUCAUCUUCACUCUCUCCGGUUCUUCUCAAUCAAAAUUAAAAUCGAAAUCAAGAUGUCAUAUGCUAGAGACGGAAGGUCUGCUUCACCCCGCAGCUCUUUGUCUCCACCACCUAGGGUUCGUCGGUCAAGAUCGUUAUCAAAGUCUCCAAGGAGACGCUCCAGGAGCCGUGAUUCUGCUGGUGCUGUUAAUCCUGGGAAUAAUCUCUAUGUAACAGGCCUGUCCACAAGGGUUGCCAGUAGUGAUCUUGAGAAGUUUUUUAACAGAGAAGGGAAGGUUACUGAAUGCCAUCUAGUGACAGACCCCCGCACUAAAGAAUCUCGUGGAUUUGCUUUUGUUACUAUGGAAACAAAUGAGGAUGCAGACCGUUGUAUUAAGUAUCUGAAUCGUUCGGUGAUGGAAGGUCGAUUAAUUACUGUGGAGAAGGCUAAGCGUAAACGUGGUCGGACUCCAACCCCUGGAAGGUAUCAAGGUCUGAGAGGAAGACGAGGAUAUGGACCAAGACGGUCUCGUAGUUACUCACCUCGUCGACGCCAUGAUCGAGAUCCAUAUCAUAGGGAUCAUCGGGGAAGAUCGCGCUCCCCCUAUGGUAGGAGGGGUGACGAUAAUGACUCCUAUGGAAGAUACAGGGAUCGUUCUGUGUCUCCCGGGGGUAGGGGCAAUUCCCGAGCUUAUUGAUUUUAUUGUGUUCAUUUUCUUUUCCUGCUUUUGUCUUUGGGAGUGUCCUUUUAUUAAACUGGACGUUGAUUCUUCUGUGAAUGAUGAAACGGUUGCUUCUCCUACUA